AUGUGCAGAAAUAGUUAGACUAAAACUGAAAUAUCUCUACAGUAAUAUACUAUCCAUCUCAUUAUGUGGCCUAUUUACCCUUCAAGAAAUAUUACAUAUACAGAUAAGCUUAGAGCUUUAAGAAUAUCAUCGAAUUUAACAACCAUUGCUAUUUUCUCAGAAUGCAGCAAUAUCUGGAAUAUUCCGAAAAAUCGUUUAGUUGCAAAGUACAAUUUUAACUUACCGGAGGAGAGAAAAUGGAAUAAAACAGCAACUUUAAUUGCCGGCUCAAAUUUUGAUGGAGUAUAUGAAGAUAGGAGUGGAGUUAAGUCGCUUCCUUUUGAGAGUUUAGCCCCUUUUGCAGGUGUUGUUCUUAUCAAUUGCGGUGGAAAUAAUGAUUAUGAGAAGGCGAAAAAUGUUAGCAAAGGAAUAAAAUGGUUAUUAAGACAAGAGAGAUAUAGAAGAUUUUUUUGCGAGAUUAUCCUAAUUGAGCAUGAAUUUAGUGAAUUUCACGAUGAAUUAUGGAAAUCCCUAAACAAUUUAUACCCAAAAACAAUUGUUUGUCCUGGUUUAGACUUUGAUUAUCCGUCGAGUUACUCUGGCGUUACUACUGUAAUUAAUGAGGGAUGUUCAAAAAAUACUCCCAGAGAUUGUCAGCCAUUGAGUGUACAUAAUGUUCUUGCUCCUAAACCACCAUGCUGUUCAAAGAAUGGAAUUACUUUCAUCACUAAUAAUGAUAGUAUAGCAGCUGCUACUAUGGUGUCCCUUAUGGCUUUAAGUUUAAUAAUGGCCGAAAAAUAUGGAAAGGGAUGGAUACCGAAUUUCCUUGGAAGAAGAAGCGAAACAAGAAAGAAACUUUCGCAUCCUUUCGUUCUCAGAAAGUUUAUUAAUAAUUUACAAGUGAAAUUCGGUCCUGGUAUUAAACCACGUAAUAUUCUAAACCUAAAUAAAUCAGAGUUUAUUGCCUGCCUUAACUCAACUUUUGAAAAUAUUGAAGUGUCCAAUAUUCAGGCAAUUGAUUUACCGCCAAUACCAAACUAUUUUUAUUUACACAAGUUAUUAUCUGUCGAAUCGAAGGAGAAUAUAAUUAGAUAUGCCAAGUGUGAUGAAGUGGAAAUGUUAUUCGAAAUCGAAAAGAGCAUUAAAAAUGCAUUUAAAAUUCCAAUAGAAUGUUCUAAACAAAAUCGACCAACGAACUGUUCGAAAGUUCUUGAUUUACGUUUAAUUGAUGAUUACGUUAUUUGGGAAGACAUUGCUAUGAAUGAAGCUGAAGAUGAUGAUACUAAAAGUCUUAAAAAACGAAAGCAAGACUUUUUAUUCGAUUGUAUUCGCUCAGUAGCGGCUAAUUUAAAAUGGGAGAAAAUUGAUGAAAUUUUCCCGCCCUGUGCAGAUUUCUUGGAAUACUUUCCAUUACUUCGUAAAUAUGGAAAUACCUUCUUCCUUCCGGAAACUUUCGAUUUGAGCUCUUUAGCAAAACUAUCAUUAGAUGUAGAAGAGCCAAAAAUUUUCGUACUUCAACAUUUGGUGCUAUGCGAAUGUGCGGAAGAAGAUAUAAUGAAAUUGUCCAAAAUUAAACAUAUAACCUUCGAAGUGGAAAAAAUUCAGUAUAAAAUUCGAACGGAUUCGCCAAAUUUUUUCGAAUCUGUUCGAUUGUUAGACGACCCAAUUGUAGAGAGAACCCUUCUACUUAUUAACGAAUCGAAAUGUGACGAUAGAGAAAAGUUUGUUAAAAGGGUUCAAACUUCGGUUUUAGCGAGAUCAAAACCAAUUAUUAAAUUAAGGAUUAACGAUAAAGAAGAAAGUUCAAAUGAGCUACGGAAAUAUCCAGAAGUUGAUGUCAAUUUUACCUAUAAUUGCGAUAUUAGGGCAAGAAGCGUUCGAAAAUACUACUCAAUAGAUGAAGAUAUAUAUCCAAAGUCUAACGUACAUUUUGUAUUGUUUUCCUCUGGAAUUGAUUGGAUUCUAAUCGACAAAUUGAGAUCUAGACGAUCAAAUAUUGGUGUUAUUCGCGAUAACGUGAACUUUAUCGAGGAUGAGGGGUUCGACAAAAACGUUGACGAAUUUGGAAUGAGUAGCGCCACCUGUCAACUAUUACUAAACUGUGGCGAUGUUACAUCAUUAAAAGUCAUCUCCAAAACUGGCAAAACAUCUUUGGAUUAUUUUAAAUUCGGAAUGAUUUGGUUGGAGAAGAAUUUAGAAAAGAUUAAACCCGAUUUUAUCAUAAUACCAUUCAACGUACCAACGUUUGACUUUCAAAUUGAUAGAAUUCUAAAGAAUUUUGAAAAAAAAGGAAUUAUCACUCUAGUUUCGACUUCCGAAAAUCAAUGGGAUUUCCCUUCAUCAUCAAGCAGCGUUAUUGGAGUUGGAGGUUUAGAUUCAAAUUUGAGGAAAACCCAUACUUACAAUACCGAUAUCCACGUUCUGAGCGAAAGUGUUAGAGUUCCAUCUUACCUGAAACAAAAUUCAAUUUCUGGAAGCUCUGUCUCGGCUUGCGUCAGUGCUUGUUUACUAGCAUACAUAUUGGUAUCAGUUGGUUCGAAGUGGCGACCAUACGUUCAAAAUGUCGUCGUAUUGAAGAAUUUCCUGAAAAAGUUGGAACAAGAUGGAAUUUUAAGAGUUGAUAAAAAACAUCUCAAUUCUGUUAUAAAAACUUGUGUUGGUUCCUGGAGGAAACGGAAGAGAAUUCAACAAUGCAAAAAGUUUAAAUAUGGAUUAAUUUGCAUAAGUUUCAUGGUGGUACUGGUUACCAUUCUCUUUUCAUAUUUUAAAAUUUUUUGAAUGGAAUGACUGGUUUUUCAUUUUAUUUUUUCAAAUGAUAUGUAAAUUAAUUUAACAUUUGGUUAUGGUCUAAUUAUAAUUAAGUUUUCUUCUAACUAACUGAAGGAGAUUUCUAGAUUCCCUUAAACAGUUUAAAAAUAUACAUUACAGAAGAAUUACUCAUCUGUUUCUCCUCAUAUUCAAAAAGUCUUCAUCCAUCUAUCAGGAUUAUUAAUCGUCAUGGUGUAAAGACACAAGACAAGAUGAUUCUAUCUAAACGGAUUAUGGGAUAAAGCAACAGUUAUAAAAUCAAUAUGUUAACAUCUCUUGUCAAAUUCUUAAUAUAAUAGAUAUUAUAGUUUGUUUGUUCUUUUGUUAAUUUAAUAUUAAACUAUAAAUCUUCAAAACCGU